CCAAAUGAAGUAUUUUGUCAAACAGUUUACAUGCAAUCAAUUUGCGCCUUGAGAUACAUCUAUCCAAAGAUUGAUCCCCUGCAAAUUUAUUUUCUCGCCGAAAUCCCUUCAAGCUCUCCAAUAAGAGCAAUAUGUUUGCGCAAUAAAACUCUGACGCAUCAGUAGGCUCUGUCAGCAUCUAGGGUUUCAAUUAAGAAUCAGAAAGGAGGAAACGAAUCCUAACUGAGGUUAAAUUAGCGAAUCUCAAAACAAAAAUUUAAAGCCUCAAAACAUUCACGUACUGAACAGAAUUCUUCAAGCCCAAUCAUAGAUAAUUGUUUGGAAAAUAGCAUAUCAAAACCAAUCUCCCUUGCUACUGCAAUCUAAAAACAUGAAAAGUGGAUCUAAAAAUAUCGGGGUUUUAGAGCUCACAGAUUCUUGAGCUCUUCUAAACAAUAUUUUUUCAGUUUGUAAAAGAAAGUAUUAGCUGCGAGGUAAAAUUUACUUCGGUUGGAAGCUCAGCGGCCCUUUGGUUUUGUGAAAGAUUUCGAGUUGAAAUGCCUUUAAAAAAUACUUUAUGGCGGUGGCAAAGCCAGCAGGUUACAAUGGACAGUUGUAGAGCACUUCAUAGGAUUGAUUCCAAUUGAUAAUAAAAUCAAAUCUCAUUUAACUUUAUGAUUCAUCUGAUCGCAUGCACUAUCCACCAAUAGUGCGCUCACAUUAGCUCUUACGCUCGCGCUCCCCACACCACCAACCCAGAAUUAUACCGAGUGCUGUCGCCUGUUAAAAAAUGGAUUAAAAUGGAGGAUUCGGUACCCACGAACCAGAUCACCUCAUUAAAUUUUGAAACGUUGGAGGCAUCUGAGCACUCAACGAGUCUGACGACGCUGGUAGAGCAACCACGUUGCUGAGAUGUCUCAGAGUGAGUUAUGACGCGAAAAUUAUAUGUGGUUGUGUUUGCGGAGAGGAAGAAAUCUUCUGCAUUAACAAUUUCAUGCCUGAAUUUGGCUGAAAGAUGAAAAUGUGGACUAUUGUAGCGGCUGCAGAGCGUGGCUUUUUAGGCAAUUGUUGGAACAAGGCUCCAAUCGAUGACGGAAUUUGAAACCUAGACUGAGAACAAGAAACAGAAUAAGAAGUGCUCUGAAUUCUUCAAGUCAGGUAGAGAAUAAUGCAAAUCCAAACAAGUUUGGCAUUAAUGGAGGAACCUGUUCUUCGUUAUCCUCAGGGAAAGAACACUCCAAUUCUAGCUCCAAAUCGCAAGUUCUGGAAAAUAAAGCUGUUCACGUCAGCAGCAACCCUUUUUCUGGCAGAUACAUCUGUAGGCUAUCUUUUGGUUUACUUUGGAGUUGGCAUUGGCAUAAUGUCCACAAUCAUAUCAAGCAGAAGGGAAAUGGAGAGGCUUACCUGUUUGUUGAGACAAAAAGAAGAAUUGGUUGAGGGCCUAGAGGAAGAGCUAGAAAUGCGAGGUUCAUGGACUGUGAAAGACCUCACUGAUGAAGCCCAUAAUUAUUUAGAAAUUUCUCAACAUCCCUUGGGUAAAGAACAAGGUCAAAGUGACGCUUCUCUUGAUGCAUUGUCAAACAAAGCCUGUGAGGUUGAUAAGAGAACUCCAGGUAAUGACCCUGGCAAACAAACGGAGAACAUGACUAGUAUUGAAGCAGAGCUUGAAGCCGAGUUGGAGAAACUAAAAUUCAACUUGCAUUCUUCUAAUAAUCAGAGACUUGUUUUUGGAAUCAACGAGAUUGAUCCAGAUUACAUUGCUGAUGUUGUUAAUGGAGAACUGAGAGAGGACGGGAUCACGUGUAAUGCAGAAUCAGAAGAAGAUAAUAGUCUUUCAAUAUAUGACGAAUUUAAUAUAGGAAACUUUGCUGUUUCACCAAGGGAUUUGGAAAGACGCUUGCAUGAGGUUAUAAUAUCAAGGCUCCAGGAUCGCAUCAUAGAGCUUGAAACAGAACUUGAAGGUAGUCAAACUAAAUUGCAGGCAAUCAAAUUAGCUCAGAAGCAAUCAGAUGAGCUGUAUCAAACUUCCCAAUCAUUAAAUUCAGAAAGUUCUCAUGGACUUCAGAUGGCAGCAAAUAGAAUCUACCAAGCAUCUCAAGUAGGACAGGCUUCUUCUCAUACCUUUACCAAUCCACAAGUUUGCUUUGGAAAUGACCAUCCUUCUUGGGGACCAUCAUAUUCUGCACCGAAGCCCGUGGUCCAAAGCAAUUCAUCAUCCACAGGUAAGAGUACAUACAAUCAACCAUUUACUGUACCUGCACAAGGAAAGCAACAGCCCCAUCACACAAAUUCAGAGAUGGCUAGUGAAUCAACUUACCUUCAGACUCCACCACAAACAUUGUACAAUCAACCCAACAGCUCUGCAUCACCAGUAGAAGCCACAUGUGCCAUCAAUGUCAACAAAAUUCUGGUUGGUUCUGCUUGCAAGCUUGACUCAUUGCUCAGAGACCAGAAUGUUGUCUAUGGUGGGGAAGAAGCAGAUCAAGAGAUUAAUAACUGAGACUAGAUCCUCUGAAGUCUUGAAUACCUCAAGCAAUUCUGCAAACCCAAAUGCCCUUACUAAAGAUGAAAGCUCUGCUAAAGAUCCUUCUCCAAGAAAGUUAAACCCAAGAAAGGGAGGGUAAAGGGGGCAUAUCAAAACUGGGUUGGAUUUUGAUGGUUUGGUUGCAACUUCAGCAUUAAAUGUGGUCAGACCAGGUUCCAACAAGGCAGCAUCAACUGACUGCAUAUCUCCAUGCCAUGUCUCUGUCAAUUGCAGUGAAAUGGAUUUUGCUGACAUCCUUAUCAUUGAUCCUGAACUUGAUAAAUUUGUAUCAGAUUCCCUUAUGAAUUUUGGACUGGAAUCAGAGGAAUUAGGAUCUGUCACUACUUUAUCGGAUCAGCCCGAUGACAUGAGUAAAUUAUUAGCAGAAAAUCGAAGUUGUGGAAAUGCAAUCCAAACUUCAGUGCACAUUGGAGUUCUCACAAAGAAGGACAUGAACAUUCAUGCUGCCAUAAAGGUUAAGAAUGUUGCAGACCAACACCAACCAAAACACUUCUAAUUGCAAAGGUGAUAGAACCUUUGGUAAGGGUUCUUCGUAUGGUGGAUGGAGAGGACAUGCCAAUGGGCUUCAUUUAUGAGGCCAUGGAUAGGGCCAAAGAGGCCAUUUCACAUUACUAUCGUGGAAAUACAAGAAAAUUUGAAAUCCUUUGGCGCAUCAUUGAACGUAGGUGGAUAAACCAACUCCACCAACCGAUACAUGCCUUCGCCUACUUCUUGAACCCGAGAUUCUACUUCUCUGAUUCAUAUAGGGCUGAUGAGGAGGUCAUGGCAGGUGUUAUUGCAUGCAUUCAUAAGAUGGCACCUGAUUCUGAGUUGAGAGACAAGGUUCUUGAUGAGUUGGAGGUGAGAUUUGACAUUUGCAAUUGCUCUAUCUUUAUUUAUGAAUUUGGAAAUGUUCAUUAUUGAAUUUGAGUUUGACACUUUGUCUAUCUAUUUAUGAAUUUGGAAAUGUUCAUUGUUCAAGAUUUACAAGAGUGUAGAGGGGAGACUCUUCUCUUCACAACUAGCAAUUGAUAGGAGAGGAAAACAACAACUAGGUAAAAAAUUUAGCAACUUAGUUCAAUACUGCAAGAAAAAAACUACAAACUUGAUUGUUACAUUUUUUUCUCAAUUCUAAUAUUUCUAAAUGUUUUUGGUAGAUUUAUGAUGGGAGAAUUAUUGUGCUGGCACACCUAAUCUUCAAAAUUAGUCGUCCGUGUUUUGUCUCAAGCAUGUAGUGCCUCUUGGUGUAAACAAAAUUGGAGUGUAUUUGAGAGCAUUCACACAAAGAAGAGAAAUAGAUUGACACAAAAGUGCCUCAAUGAUCUUGUCUUCGUUCGGUACAACUUUCGCCUUCGAGCUAGAAAGGGGGAGGGUGUUUCACAUAAGGCCAUUGACUUGGAUGAAAUUGAUCCAUAUGGCGAUUGGACCAUGAAUGAACAAAAUGAUGGUGAUGAUGUCCUCCUUACUGAUGAAGAACUUGCAGAAAUAGAGAGAGGAGCAGCACAAGAAGCAGAAGGAGCAAGAUUGGAUGAAAUGGAGGAGGAUGAAGAUGAGGACCAAGAUGAGGACUUUGAUUUAGAAGAAGAAUCAUCUCACCAUUUAGAUACCUCAACACCUACGGCUACUACUUCUAGCUCAAGGCCUGAAAAAUUGAGCUAUAUUAGGAGAAGUGCAAAAAGGAAGAUGUUGUCUUUGCUUUAGUUUGUUCAUUGUUGUUUUUCACAUUUGGACAUAUCAUUAUAUGUAAUUUUGUAAGCAUUUAUAAACUAAUGCUGCUAUGAUACAUUUUAGAGUUUGAAACUAUGAGUAUGAAUGAUGAAAUUUCAAAUAUUGAGUGUUUGGAGAUCAUAUGACAUGCGUAAUGUUUCAAUUAUGGCUCUUAUGUUCUCUAAAUGCAUUAAUUUCUUUAUGUUUUUUUUGUAAAACUACGUUUUUUUUUUGCCGAGUCCUUUCGUGAGUCUUUCAAGAGUCCGAGUCCCAAGUCCAAUUUUUGGUUUGCCGAGUCCGAGUAUUAAAACUAUGGUUAUGAUAAUAAUUUUAGCUGUCUCUAAUUCUCUC